UUUUUGCGAAGGGCUAGUCACUGAGAAUUCUCAGAUUGUUGCGUUGGAAAUCUUAUGAGAUCUCUUUGAGGAACUCUUAGAAAUAUUUCACUAAGCGUGGAACAUUCACACCACGAAUUAUUUAUACAUUCACACGUUAGUAAUGCACACGGUCGCUAAAAGCUAGCUCCUCGAGAAUCCCGAAUUCGAGAAGUUUUGCAAAUCUGGGCGCUCCCAGCAAUCUCAAAGAAAACUUAUCAUUUAAUUGAGACUGGCAGAUUCAUUUAUUUAAGAUUUCCAGAUUUCUCAAUUAAUAGCCCCUUGUGUUUUUGUUAUUGAUUAUAUAUACUCAUUCGGCUUAAAUUCGUCCAAAAUGUCCUACAAUCAAUGAUGAUAAAAUGUCUUAAGCAGCGCCUAAGCUUGCGACUUACACAGUCGUGCAGAAGAAACUAAGUUGGUGUUUUCUCGAUUGGUGACGUGACAGCGAAGUAACGUGCAUUUAGUCCUCUAGAGAACUAAGCAAUGCCAUGCGCAUCCCAUCGGUGAUUUGGGAAAGCACUGUUGUACAAUCUACUAUUAAUAAAACACUUCUUGAAUAGAAAGUUGCUACGAAAAACUUGUCCAACAUGGGGCAAUUUUUCUUGACUGGAUUGUGCAUUUUUGUUGCAUUUUUGAAUUUUGACUACGUUUUCACUCAAACUGAGACGCUUGAGAUAAGUGCCCUUGGAAAAUUGAAAGGAUCUUUUAUGGAAACCAGACUGGGCAAAAGGAUCUAUGCUUUUCGGGGUGUGAGAUUUGGUGAACCUCCAGUUGGAACCCUUCGCUUUGAGCCGCCUGUACCGGUAAAACCUUGGAAUGGAAUUUUUGAUGCGUCUGUUGAAGGUCCAGCUUGUCCUCAACCUUUGUUUCAAUUGACGUCUGAAGAUUGUCUUCGCUUGAAUAUUUACACAACAAAGUUGCCAAAUAAAGAUCACUUAGUAAAGAGACCCGUGAUAGUAUUCUUCCACCCUGGAGGUUUUUAUUCGCUUUCUGGACAAAGUGAUCAAUUUGGACCUGAAUAUUUGCUGGAUAAGGAUGUCUUGUUGGUCACAGUCAACUAUCGAAUCGGAUCCUUAGGAUUCCUGAGUGCUGGCGAUCCAAAAUUGCUCGGAAAUAUGGGUCUCAAGGACCAAGUUAUAGCCUUACGUUGGAUAAAGAAAAACAUUGAAACAUUUGGGGGAAAUCCUGAUUGUGUGACAAUUACGGGUUAUAGUGCAGGUGCUUGGAGUGUUUCCUUACACUUAGUAUCUCCAAUGUCGAGGGGCCUAUUCCACAGAGCUAUUGCAAUGAGCGGUUCUGUCACAUAUCAACAAAAACUCGGAACAAAUCAGAAAAAUCUGGCAAUUAAGCAAGCUGAUGUUCUGAAUUGUCCUUCCGAUACUGUCGAAAAUAUUGUUAGCUGUUUGAGGACUAAAUCGGCUACAGACAUCGCAAACACCUUUAAUGCAUUCGACGAGUGGUACGGUGAUCCGGUCUUGAGAUGGACACCAAUUGUUGAACCGGAAGUUCCUGGUGUUGAAAGAUUUCUCACUGCUGAGCCAAUAGAUUUGAUAAGACAAGGAAAAGUUGCACACGUUCCUUUCAUUGGAGGAGUUAAUAAGGAUGAAUUUGGGGCAACAGCAAUUCUGCCAGUAGAGGAAGCCGCAAAGGGAAAUUUCACUUUUUUUGAACAGUGGAACUCAGAUUGGGAUCACAUUGCACCCAUAAGUUUCCAAUUUGAGCGCAAUACUUCCAGAACUAACUAUAUUAGUCACGAACUCAAAAAGGCCUACUUGAACGGCACAGCCACUUUGGAAAAUAUUGACGGGAUAUCAAAUCUUUACUCGGACGCUUUAAUUUCAUUUUCUGGGCAUCGACUUGUGAAUUUGUUAGCAGCUUCAACAAAUAUGCCGGUCUUCUAUUACCAUUUUAUGUUCCAGGGAAGAUAUAGCCAUGCCACCUGGUCCGAUGGUAGGCCUUUUGGUGUUGUACAUCAUGAUGAUCUGAUGUACGUUUUCUACAUUUCCCGGUUUCCCAAAUUCGUAACGGGUGAUCCUGAAAUACCAACAGUAGAGAAAAUGACUGCAAUUUGGGAAAAUUUUGCCAGAACUGGAGAACCCAUUCCAAAGGAUAAUUUAUUAUUCAAGAAUGUUGAAUGGAAGAAAUUCACUACUCGGCAUAACCGUUAUUUAGAACUUGAUGUGGAAUUCACUUUAAAAAGUGGUUUAAUCAAUUCUGAAAGGAUGGCAGUUUGGGAUAGACUUUUCCCCUUGUCUUCAGGCAAUUAUUAAACUUGAAAUUACAAAAUUUCAAGCCAAAGCUCAAGGGUAGUGCGUUAAUUGUAAGAAUCCUGAAAUAUAUAUCUUCUUCAUUUGCUUAAAC